AUGGCUACCACCAAGCAGCGCCUUGCGCUUUCGAUAAUCGACUUCCUCAGCACCUCUCUUACUGAUGGGACCCUCACAGAUGAAGACCGCGAGUCUGUUGAAGUCGCACAAUCAUGUAUCGCCGAAUCAUUCAAGGUCGAUCCCACAGACGCCACUCCCAAGGACUCCCAGACUCUCCUCCAAAUCUACUCUGUCUAUGAAAAAUUAAAGUCCAAAUCCCCCGCACCAGCAGCAGCAGCAGGACCAUCAACUUCAGCCGCCCCAACUGAAGCACAAAAGAAGGAGGCCGAGUCGCUGAAGAGUCAAGGAAAUGCCGCCAUGGCCAAGAAGGACUACCCCACCGCCAUCGACCUCUACAGCAAAGCCCUGGCAAUUCUGCCAGGAAACCCCAUUUUCCUCUCCAACCGCGCCGCCGCACACUCCGCAUCCAAGGACCACGAGUCCGCCCGCGCAGACGCAGAGGCUGCCGUGGCCGCAGACCCCAAAUACACCAAGGCAUGGAGCAGACUAGGUCUUGCUAGAUUCGCUCUUGGAGAUGCAAAGGGUAGCAUGGAGGCUUACGGCAAGGGCAUUGAGUUUGAAGGUAAUGGCGGAAGUGACGCCAUGAAGAAGGGUUUUGAGACUGCCAAAAAGCGUGUUGCGGAGCUUGAGGCUGGAGAUGACAGCGAUGAUGAUGAUGAGGUGGCUUCUCGUGGACCUCCAGGCGGUGCAGGUGCCGGUGCAGGCGGUAUGCCAGACUUGAGUGCGCUCGCGGGCAUGUUUGGUGGUGGAGCUGGAGGUGCUGGUGGUGGAAUGCCGGAUCUGAGUGCGAUCAUGAGUAACCCUAUGUUCGCAAGCAUGGCGCAGAAUCUGAUGAGCAACCCGGAUAUGAUGGAGAAUCUUAUGAGCAACCCACGGAUACGUGAUAUGGCGAGCCAAUUUGGUGGUGCUGGUGGUGCAGGAGGCGCUGGCGGUGCGCAAGGUGGGAGAGGAGGUGGAGGCAUGCCAGACUUGGCGAGCUUGAUGCAGGAUCCUUCGAUUGCUGAGAUGGCACGUAACAUGAUGGGUGGUGCAGGUGGAGCUGGACGUGGAGCUGGUGCUGGUCGAGGUGCUUAA